AUGGACGGCUCAUACGCGGAGCGCUACAAAGACAUCAAGCGGCAGCUGCAGGCGGAGCAGAGCGCGAGCGAGAGCGAGGAGGAGUCGGAUGUGACGGAGGAUGAGGACGGUGAGCAGCUGACGCCCCAAGUCGAUGCGGCGAUUCUGCGCACGCUGCAAAAGAUCCGGAGCAAGGACCCCGAGGUGUACAAUAGCGAGACGCGCGUCUUUGACCAGUCGCGCGCAGCUGCCGGCGCCGAGGAUGCGCCGCAAGGGCAAAAGCGCAGCAAGAAGGUGACGCUACAGGACUACCAGCGCCAGCGCCUGCAGGACGCCAUGGCCGAGGCGGACCCCGCCAAGGCGUACGCCGAUGCGACGUCCAAGCCCAAAGAGGCGGCGCAAGGCGAGCUUACGCGCGACGAGGAGCAAGAGGCGAUCCGCAACGAGUUCCUCGAAGCGGCGCAGGGCGACGACGAUGACGACCUGUUCCAGGUGCGCCGCGACGACGGCGAGGAUACCUACCGCUCGACGCUCCUCGGCGCGGUCGGCGACGAGGACCAGGUGCGGGGCUUGCUGCGCGACGACCAGAAUACCAUUUCGAAAGAGAACGAGGACUUUUUGCUGAACUAUGUGCUGAACCGCGGCUGGGUCGACCAAGGCAAGGAGGAGAAGCGCGACUGGGACGCCGAGGCCGCCGACCUCGACUCCGAGGCGUCGUUCGACUCCGCGGCGGAUGCGUUUGAGCACGCGUACAACUUCCGCUUCGAGGACCCGUCGCUGGCGCAGCAGAACUUUGCGAUCCAGAGCUUUCCCCGCCAGGCGACCGAUACCGUGCGCCGCUCGGACGACCGCCGCAAGGAGAAGCGUGCGGAGCGUGCGGAGCGCAAAAAGGCCGAGAAGGAGGAAAAAAUGCGCAAGCUCGACCAAGAAAAGUCCAAGAAACGCAAGUCCAUCGCCGAGAUGCUCAAGCAGUUGCGCGAGGCGUCGGGCAGCGACAACCGCAUGGACGACGGGGCGUUUGAGAAUCUGGACCUCGACGCGGACUUUGACCCCGCCGCGCACGACAAGAUGAUGCAGUCGCAGUUUGGCGACGCGUACUAUGGCGAGGAGGGCGAGAAGCCGGCGAUCGACUUUGACGACGACGACUUCCAAGAGAUCCUCGACGAGAACGAGGAGCCAAAGAAGCACCGCAAGGUGACCGGCGAGAGCAUGGACGCCGAUUUUGAGCAAGGCGCCGAUGCGCGCCUCUCGAAGGAGGAAAAGAAGCGCCUCAAGAAGAAGGAGAAAAAGGCGCGGGCCAAGGCCGAGCGCGAGCCCGAGAUCGAGAUGGACGCCGAGGCAGCGCCCGUCUCCGAGACCGACCGCAAGGCCAAGGCGCGCGAGCUGAUGGACGAGUACUACAACCUUGGGUACGAAGAUAUGAUUGGCGAUAUUCCCACACGAUUCAAGUACGCGAGCGUCCCGAAAGAAGACUACGGGCUGAGCGCGGUCGAGAUCCUGAUGGCCGACGACGCUGAGCUGAACAAUGUUGUGGGCCUCAAGCAGAUGCAGCCGUACCGCCGGAACGCUUCCAAGCCCGCGAACCUCGGCAAGCGCCUCAAGCGCUUCCGCGAGGACCUCGACGCGAAGCACGAGCCCGAGGCCGAGCCGCCCAAGAAGAAGCGCCUCGGCAAGCAGCAGCGCCAGCGCCUCAAGGAGAAGGAGGCUAGCUAG